GAUGAAAAAGGAGAAAAAUGGAGUAGCAAAGAAAGAGAAAAAGCUGCACAGUAUUAGUAGUAAUAUUAUUAUUACAUGCAUACAAAACUGUGCCUCUUCCUCUUGGGAUUGCUUUCUGUCGUUCCUCCCAUUUCUUCUUUUCUAGUCUCUCUCUCUCCUCUUUCUCUCUCUAGAAAUUACCAAAGUUCUUGAAUAUAUAUAAUAGAUCUACGAGAUCUGAUAUACAUACACACACAUAUGAAGAGACUCAGCAGCUCUGAUUCUUUGGGUUCUUUGAUUCCCAUCUGUCCCAACUCUACAGAUGAGAACGAAGAAGGGAACAGAAAUCCGAUAUACACGAGGGAUUUUCAGACAAUGUUGGAUGGGUUAGACGAGGAAGGCUGUUGUAUCGAAGAAUCCGGACACGUGUCGGAGAAGAAGCGGAGGUUGAGCGUUGACCAAGUCAAGGCGUUGGAGAAGAAUUUCGAGGUUGAGAAUAAGCUCGAGCCGGAGAGGAAAGUCAAGCUGGCUCAAGAGCUCGGCCUUCAGCCGCGCCAGGUGGCGGUUUGGUUCCAGAACCGCCGUGCACGAUGGAAGACUAAGCAGCUGGAGAGAGAUUACGGCGUGCUUAAAGCUAGUUACGAUGGCUUGAAACUCAACUUUGAUAAAUUACAGCAUGACAAUGAAGCUUUGCUCAAAGAGAUACGAGAGCUGAAAUCGAAUCUGAACGGUGAAGAAGAAAAAGUCAAACUCGAGACGCCGGUGGGUUUACUAGCGGCUUCUGAAAUGGAGCAUGAGAACUUCGGCGGCGGCGGCGCCGCCGCCGCGGUGUGUGGCGGCGAUCUGAAAGAUGGGUUUUCCGAUAGUGAUUCGAGUGCGAUUUUGAACGAGGAAAACAACAAGAGUAGCCCGAUUGGUGGUGUGAUUCAACAGCAUGGCCAGCAUGAGUUCUUGACUGGUUCGUCAAUGGCGGCGGCGGCGGUGGCGAAUAGUAAUAGUAGUUAUCAGCCGCAGUUUGUGAAGAUCGAGGAGCAUAAUUUCUUCGGGGAGGAGUCUUGCAGUACUUUCUUCUCCGAUGAUCAAGCUCCGACGCUCCACUGGUAUUGCUCCGAUCAGUGGAAUUGAUGAUUAAGAAGAAGAUAAAUUCUCAGUAAUUAAAAAAAAAAUUAAAUCUUUUUUUUUUUUAAUUAAGAACUCUUAUGUGAAAUAAGUGAAAACUUGGGAGCAGAAGACAAUUUUGUAUAGUAAUUACUUGAAUUUUGGAGCUAUUAUCCAUUGUUUCUCUCUCUAAAGAAUCAAAUUAAGAGAGAGAAAGGUGGUGGGGGAUGAAGGAGGGGUGAGAAUUCAGAGUUCACGUGGGGGUGUGGGGAAGAAGAAGCUUAACAUAAGAGAGAGAGAGAGAGAGAUGAAAGAUUUGUGGGCUGAAAGGGUAAAAUGGGGAUUCUUGUAAUGAUUGGAACUUUGAAUUGGUUAAUGACUAAAAUUGGAGGAAAAAUUGAUGAAAUUAUAAGAAUUUGUUUGGAUU